AUGUCCCCAGUACCGGUUCCCCAAACAUUCCGCUACCAGCAUGUGCUCUAUUCUCCGAAAAGCUGGCUCUGGGGUGUCUGGCUAUCGCUUCCAUCCAGUUGGCGGGGACGCGUCUAUGGCACCAUUCUACGCGUUUUUGGAGAGCAAAUACCAUUUACCAACGCAUAUCGCGUCCGUGGCUACUUCUUCAAACUCUGCCCAACGACAGACGAGGCUCUCACGACAGAAUACGUUCGGGCCCACACCUCCAUCCCAGUUGCCAAAGUUCUCGAUGUUGUCCGACUGCCGAAACACCUUGUAACACCCAAGACUUCUUGGGUCAUGAUUUCCACUGCAGUAGCAGGGACGCCGCUAUUCGUGAAUGGGUCUGGCCAUAGGCUACGAGACGCGCCAGCAGAAAAGGCAGCCCUUGUCAGCCAAUCUCUCAAAAACUGGCUGGACCAGCUUCGACAGCUGGAGAGCCCUUGCGAGCAGCGCGUGUGUGGUUUUACCGGAGGGAACUUUCGCAACUUCCGCAUAGGUGAAGAGCCCGUGGGGCCAUUCGCUUCCAUUGAGGAGCUCAACUCCCAUCCAUCGCUCGCAGUCCCUGAAGCCGAGAUUGAAUUAAAUGAAGAUCUAAGCAGACUCGUUGAUGCAACGAAGAACAAAGCUUACCGUUUUCACCUUGUUCACGGAGACCUAGUAUUACACAACGUCAUGGCCGACGACGACCUGCGUCCCACGGGAAUCAUUGACUGGGAAUGCGCAGCGUGGAUGCCAGAGUAUUGGGAGGCGCUUUCUUCGUCGCGUGGCGCUUUCAGAGAGAUGCAGUAUUGGAAAGAUGUCCGAAGAAGCGUGUUCCAGGAGUACAAAGAUGAAAUGGACCUAGACACACGUAUUCAGAAGCUUCAUGGAGGAGAAUAG